AUGAAUGACGCUGCAGCCGAGCCCUUGAUCUCCAACGACCGCCGCGUUCCGAACGAUGCACGCGACCGCUACGAUGAAGCCGACGACGCGAGUAUCAGAGAGGAUGAGGUGGAUGAGAGUGCCUUGGUAUCCCCAGGCCUGUUCAUAUGGUGUCUGACUAUAUGCGCCGGGGUCUCAGGGCUACUAUUUGGAUAUGACACCGGUGUUAUAUCCUCUACCCUCAUCUCCAUAAACACCGAUCUCUCCUCCCGUCCCCUGACCACCCUCGACAAGAGCUUGAUUACGUCUUGCACUUCGUUCUUCGCACUCCUCGCCUCGCCCCUAACGGGUAUCCUCGCCGAUGCAUACGGACGCAAAACCGUGAUCCUCGUUGCAGACAUUCUCUUCAUACUCGGCGCCCUGUUGCAGGCAUGGACAAGCAGUGUGGGCGGCAUGAUCGUGGGUCGGUCUAUCGUCGGCGCAGCAGUUGGAAGCGCGUCGUUCGUUGUACCGCUGUAUAUCUCGGAGCUCAGCCCUAGCCCUUUCCGGGGACGACUGGUGGUAGUGAGCAGUUUGUUUAUUACUGGGGGGCAGGUCGUUGCUUAUAUUGUCGGGUGGUUGUUCUCGGAAAGAUUGCAUGGGUGGAGAUGGAUGGUGGGUUUGGGGGCUUUACCGGCUGCCAUACAGUUCGUUAUGCUGUUCUUUUUGCCGGAGACACCGCGAUAUCUCGUCAAGGCUGGAAAGACGCAACAAGCGAAGAGGGUAUUGGGGCGUGUGUACAAAAGUGAGGAAAGUGGGACGAAGCUGGUGAACGCCGUUUUGAGGCGGGUAGAGAAGGAGAUUGAAGAGGAGGAGGAUGCGGCUGGACUGCGAGGGACUCCUGACAUGGCUAAGAUCGGUUGGAGAGCUAAGAAGGAGAGGGUGCAAGACAGCUUCUCUCAACUGAUAGUCAUCGGAGGGAACCGUAGAGCCUUGAUUAUUGCCUGUAUGCUUCAAGGCUUCCAGCAACUGUGCGGCUUUAACUCCUUAAUGUACUUCUCCGCCACAAUAUUCCGCCUCGUCGGUUUCGAAUCACCAACCCUAACCUCCCUCUCCAUCGCCAUCACAAACUUUCUCUUCACACUCGUAGCCUUCCACUACAUCGACCGCAUCGGACGCCGCCGUAUCCUCCUCUGGUCCGUACCCAUCAUGAUUAUCGGUCUCGCACUCUGCGCCAUCGCAUUCCUUUUCAUCGACCUUCCCACCGAGGAAGCUUCCGCUACCGCCACUGCCAUUGCCGGCGAUAACAACAAGAUAUGGCCCCUAGUCAUCCUCUUCUCCAUGAUAACAUAUGUUGCUGGUUACGCGAUAGGCAUGGGUAACGUUCCUUGGCAGCAAUCUGAACUCUUUCCCCUGUCUACAGCCAUACUAUACCACACCUACAACCACGUAACAAUGAGGCCUACAUUCUUCCUCCUCACAACCCUCAGCGCUCUGGUAGCCGCCGCCCCAGUCCACGCCUCCAACCCCCCUCCUCCCCUCCCCACAGCCUUCUACCCUGACCCUGUCUCUGGCUCCGGCUCCGGCCAAAUGGUCGACAACAUGCUUCCCGACAGCGACCUCCCUGGCGGCGGCAUCGGCUCCUCUUCUCCUCAGAUGUCCGACAAGCGCGCCCUUGCCAACGCGGUUCCUGAUAAAUAUGACUCGUCUACGUACUACGACGCAGCUGCUGAGAAAGAAGCAGAGGAGCUGGCUCUUGUGCUAGACGCUGCGAGUGAGAAUGCGGCGGAGGACGAGAGUGCGGAUACCAGCCUUAACGUGAAGAGGGGACAGGGACAGGGAAUGGAAGGCAAAAGCGUGGAGGGGUGUAAGAAGAGGGCUGAGCCGGCAGGGCACGUAUCGUGUUUGUGCGAGAAGAAAGUUGGUUUCGAUGCGUGCGUGCAGAGCAAGAUUAAGAACUAUGACGCCUGCGCAAAGAAGGAGUGCCCAUAA